ACCCGAUUUGAAUUCACACAUUCAUUUUCUCUCUUUUUGUGUCUGUCCAUCCUGUCCACACCUUCGUUGUCUCUGGACUCGGACGUAGAGGCCUCCACAAUGCUCGGGUCCUCGUCCCACUCCUUGAAACUGAAGUAUGUGUCUCUGGGAGUGCUGGUGUUGCAGACCACCUCGCUGGUGCUCACCAUGCGUUACUCUCGCACCCUGAGGGAAGACGGCCUCCGCUACUUGGCCUCGUCCGCCGUGGUGUCGGCCGAGGUGCUCAAGAUCCUCGCCUGCACUUUCCUCAUCUUUAUGGAGAACAAUUUCAGUGUGCGGGCAAUGAACCAGCUGCUGAAGGAGGAGAUUGUGAACAAACCCGUGGAGACCAUGAAGUUGGCCAUUCCUGCAGGGAUCUACACACUGCAGAACAAUCUGCUCUAUGUUGCCUUAUCCAACCUGGACGCAGCCACCUAUCAGGUCACGUACCAGUUGAAGAUUCUCACCACAGCUCUGUUUUCUGUCUCCAUGCUGGGGAAGAGGUUGGGCUUUUACCAGUGGUUCUCGCUGCUCUUCCUCAUGGCUGGGGUCACUCUAGUGCAGUGGCCCACAGAGUCUGAAGGCGACUCUGAGCAGAAGAUCUUGUCUGCAAGCUCCCAGUUUGUGGGAUUGAUGGCUGUCCUGAUGGCCUGUGUGUCCAGUGGCUUCGCUGGAGUUUACUUUGAGAAAAUCCUCAAGGAGACCAAACAGAGUGUGUGGGUGCGUAACAUACAGCUAGGUUUGUUCGGCUUUGUGUUUGGCUUCAUAGGAAUGAUAGUGUAUGACGGCCAGAGUGUGAGACAGUCGGGAAUGUUCCAGGGCUACAACACUAUCACCUGCACUGUUGUUGUUUUACAGGCUGUGGGCGGCUUGGUCAUAGCAGUGGUCAUUAAAUAUGCAGACAACAUCCUCAAAGGAUUUGCCACCUCUCUGUCCAUCAUCGUUUCUACACUCAUCUCAUAUUUCUUGUUGGAGGACUUUAACCCUACUGGAGUAUUUUUCCUAGGAGCAGUGCUGGUUAUUGCUGCCACAUUUCUUUACAGUUACGAGGUUAAGCCUGCCAGUAGCAGCGCCAUCAAAGUAUGAACAUAGACCUCUGUGAACUGUGCUACCUGACAGGAGUGAUGAGCGGCAACCAUCAUAAACCGAGCAGGACUCUAUGAACUGUGACAGUGAGUUUGGUGUCCGGAAAUUAAGAACGCAUGGAAAGUGGAAAUGAUAAAAUCUGUUACUGCCAAACAACUACAGCUGGAAAUUGUGGAGAGUGCAUCAGAAAAAUGCUGCUUCGCACAAAAGAUGGGGGGGUUCUCAUAUUGUGAGCGCAAUGUAAAGGAGGAGAUUGUGAUGAAAGCAUGGCCUCACAGAUAUUUGGAAAUUAAAAUUCAGUAUUUCAGUUGUGUAUUUAUGUGUUAUGGGAAAUGGGGAAAUUGGUGUAUUAAAAAAAAAAACAUUAUUAAUGGGUGCUGAGAGCACCUGCC